AUGAAAAUGAUUGGAAUCUUUGUAUUUCUCAAACUUUCUCAAUUAGCUUUGACAACAUGUCCUGAUACGCAAGUGAGCACACCGUGUGGAUAUGUGAAUGUUUUCUGGGAUUGCGGACUAGCGAGCACAAGUGUGGCUCUAUUCACGGCCGGGGUGAAGACAAAUAUCACUUUGGAGAAGCGAUGUGAAGAGAUCGGCGAUAAUUGUAUCUGUGGAAAAGGGCUUGUUCUUGACGCCAACACGCAGCAGUGCCGGAAGGAAAUCGACAUUCACGCUGAUUGCUUCAUUUUCCUUAAAAAAGUCCUCACUGCAACGGGGAAAAUGGCUCCGAAAGUUGCGGACAGUUUGGUGAGCAUUUGCAAGAAUCAAGAGGCUUUUGCGGUAAAUGGAACCGAUCGGGAAUACAUUUGUGCUCAAGGAUACCUCGUGGCAAAUGAGAAACGUUUCGGUGGAAAAGAAGCGAGAUGUUUCUGUGGACGAGACGAUCUCGGAUUGUACAAUGGAAGUUGUGUGAAGAGAGCUGAAGCUGUAGCGAAAUGUGCUGAUGGAAGAAAUAGCACUUUAUGCCAGAUUGCUAAUCAAGUUUCGACAACAUCCGCAUGUGUACAAGUGAAGAAGUUCAAGUGUGGAGAAAAGGCUGGAACGGGCGCAGUCACCAAUGAGAACGUGUGCAAAAUUGGCGAGUGCUAUUGUCCGGAUGGAUUUGUUGAGAAUGAAGCUGGAAAAUGUUUACUGCUCAAUGAUGCUCUCCAAGCUUGCAUUGAUGCUUUUGUUCUGAUGAAUAAAUCUUGUGGUGCAAGCGAGACCCUUCUUUCGUGUCAGCAAAACGAGUUCACGUUUAUGGGAUGCACUUCGACAGUUCCACCUGAGAGGAGUGCAACGCUGGCGAUCCUCGUGCCAAUUUUCCAUGAUGACUGUCGACAAAAGAAUGAGCUGAAAUGUAGAUGCAAUCUGGGAUUUGCUCGAGUUCCUUCGGCGGGAAAAUGCAUCUCAGUGGCCGAUGUGGAAGCCUCUUGUCACACU